AUGGAGCCCAACAGUCCCAAAAAGAUACAAUUUGCUGUGCCUUUAUUCCAGAGUCAGAUUGCACCUGAAGCAGCUGAACAGCUGGGCCUUUGUUGUUCACAGAUCAGGAAAAGAAGACCUACACCAGCAUCACUUGUGAUUCUCAAUGAACAUAACCCCCCAGAAAUAGAUGACAAGAGAGUGACCAACACACAAGCAGAAUCACAGAAUGCAUCCCCUAAGCAAAGGAAGCAGAGUGUGUACACACCACCCGCCAUGAAAGGGGUUAAGCAUAUGAAAGGCCAGAAGGAAUCAGCAUUCCCCGAAGAAGAAGAAGGCGUGAACGAGAGAGAAGAGCAGUGGGACCAUUAA